AUGGCCAUGGAGGCGGUGAAGGUGGUCAUGCGCUGCCGGCCCAUGAACCUGCUGAGCUGGAGCUGCACUGCCAGCCUUGUGGUGACAGUGGAUGCGCGCAGCCAGUGCUUCAUCCAGAACCCGGGCGCCACCGAGGAGCCCCUCAAGCAGUUCACCUUCAAUGGCGCUUACCACACGGACCACCUCACCAAGCAGAUCUACAAGGAGAUCCCCUACCCGCUGGUAGAGGGUGUCACCGAGGGCUACAAUGGCACCAUCUUUGCCUAUGGCCUGGCGGGCAGCAGAAAGUCCUUCACUAUGCAGGGCCUGCCGGACCCGCCCUCCCAGCGGGGCAUCAUUCCCAGGGCCUUUGAGCACCUGUUUGAGAGUGUGCAGUGUGCAGAGAACACCAAGUUCCUGGUGCGGGCCUCCUACCUGGAGAUCUACAACGAGGACGUGUGGGAUCUGCUAGGAGCAGACAUCAAGCAGAAGCUGGAGGUGGGUGAGCACCCGGAGAAGGGCGUGUAUGUGAAGGGGCUGUCCAUGCACACGGUGCACAGCGUGGCACAGUGCGAGCGCAUCAUGGAGAUGGGCUGGAAGAACCGCUCGGUGGGCUACACCCUCAUGAACAAGGACUCCUCGCGCUCCCACUCCAUCUUCACCAUCAGCAUGGAGAUCUACGCUGUGGAUGAGCGGGGCAAGGACCACCUCCGCGCUGGCAAGCUGAAUCUGGUGGACUUGGUGGGCAGCAAGUGGCAGUCCAAGACGGGAGCCAGCGGGGAGCGGCUCAAGGAGGCCACCAAGAUCAACCUGUUGCUGUCAGCGCUAGGCAACGUCAUCUCGGCGCUGGUGGAUGGACGCUGCAAGUGCAUCCCGUACCGCGACUGGAAGCUCACCUGGCUGCUACAGGACUUGCUGGGCGGCAACACCAAGACGCUGAUGGUGGCCUGCCUGUCGCCUGCUGACAACUACUACGACGAGUCCCUGAGCACGCUGCGCUAUGCCAACCCGGCCAAGAACAUCAAGAACAAGCCGCGCAUCAACCAGGACCCCAAGGACACGCUCCUUCACAAGUACCAGGAGGAAAUCAAGAAGCUCAAGGCCAUCUUGGCCCAGCAGAUGGGCCCUGGCGGCCAGACAGCCCUACUGUCUGGCCAGGAGCCCCAGAGUCGCGGCCAGGGUAAGGAGAAGCUGAUCCCACCUGUGAGCCAGCAUGACACUGAGGCUGAGAAACAGCUCAUCCGGGAGGAAUACGAGCAGCGCCUGGCCCAGCUGAAGGCCGACUAUGAGGCGGAGCAGGAGUCCCGGGCCCGGCUAGAGGAGGACAUCACGGCCAUGCGCAACUUGUAUGACAUGAAGCUGUCCACGCUGGAGGAGAACCUGCGCAAGGAGACAGAGGCCAUGCUGAAGGCAGAAGUCCUCCACAAGGCUGAGGUCAUGUCCAGGGACAAGUUUGCCAGCCGGGCAGACUUCACUCCCGCCUUCCAGUAUGAGCUGGUGGGCAGGCCCGAGGUGUUUUCCAUGCCCUGUGAGCCGCCCGCGGAUGCCCACGCCACGGUGGAAGGCUCCGCCUCCUUCGAGGAGCUGCCCAAGAAGGCGGAGGCCUCCAGGUCCGAGAUGUCCUUCUGGUCCAACUAGUCGUCCACGUUUGAGGAAGAGGUCCUUCCUGGGCCCGUGGAGCCUGUGCACGGGGCGGAGUUCCCACCCGAGAUGGAGCCGGGGAGCGAGUACUUCUCCCCCCAAAGACUAGGGGCUGAGGCAGUGCUCUGGUCGGAGGACGCUGGCUUCCAGGAGGAGCUGCCUCUCCCCCUGCAGAUGCUGCCUGACCCCUUUGCCGAGGCGGAAGCCAAGCUGGCCCGGCUCUCCUUGUUCACGGCCAGGACGGAUGAGCCCCGGAGCACAGGGGCCCAGGUCCUGUCGCAGCUCCCCUCUCCAACAGAAGUGCCUGAGCCCAGUGACACCAGCUCCGAGCUGGCCAAGGACCCCCCGCCCAGGAUGGAGGCUGAGCUGGCCCUGUCCAUGGCCAAGGACGUGGAAGAGGUGAUGUCCAUGGCAGGCCCUGGAGCGUGGCUGGAGGCUGAGUCGCAGGUGGCAGUGACGGUUCCAGCGCGACCCCUGCUGGCCACAGCAGGCACGACAAGGGAGAGUGUGGACGGUUUGGCAGUGCUCAGGCAGGACCUGCUGCCUGCUGUUGUGGAUCAGCAGCAGGUGCUCGCCAGGUAA